AUGAAACGGAAAGUUUCGGUAUACGAUUCUUCAAAGGAUAAGACACUCGGCCAGGUAGUGAAAGGUGAAUCACCAAUAUGGAUUCGUGUAGCUAUGGCCAUCCUUCGUGUGUGGUUUUUCAUAUACGAUUGUCUCAACUACUUGCCAUACCAGUUGUUCAAUUCGCCAACGGAAAAGCUUCGGAAGUCGGAGCGAGUAAAGGCAAAUUGGGUUGACGAUCGUGAUGGACCAAUCCGUAAUAUUCAAGGACAUGCUUCAGAAACAUUCCCAGGAAAAGACACAGUUGAUAAGGUUUGGAGAAAGUGCGUCGAACUCUACGAUGAAUCGCCAUGUUUGGGAACUCGACAGCUUAUUGAAGUUCACGAAGAUAAACAACCUGGAGGCCGUGUGUUUGAGAAGUGGCAUCUUGGAGAGUAUGUGUGGCAGAGCUACAAAGAAGUUGAAACUCAAGUCGCCCGCCUCGCAGCCGGUAUCAAGGAUCUUGCCCAUGAAGAACAAAAUCCGAAAGUUGUUAUCUUUGCUGAAACUCGUGCAGAUUGGCUCAUCACUGCUCUUGCCUGUUUCCGUGCCAACGUCACCAUCGUAACUGUAUACGCAACUUUGGGAGAAGACGCAAUUGCUCAUGCCAUCGGAGAGACUGAAGCUACAAUUCUUGUCACUUCUUCGGAACUUCUUCCAAAGAUUGUAACGCUUGGAAAGAAAUGUCCAACUCUGAAGACCCUGAUUUAUUUCGCUCCUGUGGACCAGAAAGCACCAGCACCAGAGCUUGCACCGUUCCGUGAUCAGUUCAAACAUGUUCUAUCACUGAGCGGACUUCUUACUCGCAAUCAGGAACAAGUUAAAGAAUCUACAGCUGUGAAGUCAGACAUUGCCCUCAUCAUGUACACUUCUGGCACAACUGGUCAGCCAAAAGGAGUUAUUCUUCUUCAUCAAAACGUUGUGGCUGCUUUGUUGGGACAAGGGGAUGGUGUUGGAAUCAUAUGCAAUGCAGAUACAUACAUUGGGUAUCUUCCACUUGCUCAUAUUCUCGAAUUGGAUGCCGAAUUGACAUGUUUGACUAAAGGAGCCAAGGUUGGAUAUUCUUCACCCUUGACACUUCACGACCGUGCAUCAAAAAUCCAAAAGGGAACACAUGGAGAUUGUCAUGCCCUCCGCCCAACUCUUAUGGCUGCUGUUCCAGCUAUUAUGGAUCGAAUUUUCAAGGCCGUCUCCGAAGAAGUUGCUGCAUCACCUCGUUUCAUGCAAGAAUUGUUCAAACUUAAUUAUGAGAGAAAGAGAUCCCGCUAUUUGGAGGGUUACUGCAGUCCAUUCCUUGAUCGCAUCGUAUUCAAAAAGAUUCGCAGACUUUUGGGAGGAAAACUUCGUGGUGUUUUGUCUGGUGGAGCCCCAUUGAACGCUGAAACUCAAAGAUUCAUGAAUAUUUGUAUGUGCUGCCCUGUUGUUCAAGGAUACGGACUCACAGAAACUUGUGGAGCUGCUUGUGUUGCUGAUAUCAACGACUUGAGCACAGGAACCGUUGGUCCCCCAGUCAGAUGCUCAGAUAUUGCUCUUCGUGAGUGGUCCGAAGGUGGAUACUCACCAUUCAAUGAUCCACCACAAGGAGAGAUUCUUAUUUCUGGAGAAAACAUCUCACCUGGAUAUUAUAAACAACCAGAAAAGACCGCUGAAGAUUUCAUCACCUAUAAAGGAAAAGUGUACUUUGCCACUGGAGAUAUUGGACAGAAGCGUGAUGAUGGUUCUCUUCUCAUUAUUGACAGAAAGAAGGAUUUGGUUAAAUUGCAACACGGAGAAUAUGUUUCUCUCGCUAAAGUUGAAUGUGCACUUCUCAAUUGCCCAAUUGUUGAUAACAUCUGCGUUUAUGGAAGUGGAAUGGAAGACAGUGUUGUUGCUCUUGUGGUUCCAAACCAGAAGCACUUGGAGAAGAUUGCUGAAGCGGAAGGUGUAUCAACUAGUGAAAUGAAGACGAUGUGUGAAGAUAAGAAGGUCAUUGCUGCCUACAAGAAACAACUCGAAGAACAUGCCAAGAAAAGCAAACUUUCCCGCUCUGAAAUCCCAGCCGCGAUUCAUCUUUGCCCCGAGAUUUGGACUCCUGACACUGGCCUUCUUACCGAAGCACUCAAGCUGAAGAGAAAGCCUAUCCAAAUGGCCUACCAGAAGACCCUCGAUGAUCUGUAUAAGCAGCUCAAAAAGAAUUGAUUCAUGUCUUCCUAGCUUUCUUUUUUUCUUUUCCCGCCCUUUUCACACUGGUAACUUGCUCUUCCCCACCUAUUCGAGAUACUCGAUAUUGGAUUCCCAUCUCUUUUGUAUACUUCCCUCAUUUAUAGCAGCAUAAUCUGUUAGCUUUCAUACCGGAAGCUUUAGGUUUCAUUCCUAUUCUGUAAAGAUUCGUGUUUCAUGCUACUCUUUCCCGUAUUCUCCUUCCCUUUCCACCAUCAAAGAGCUUUUCUAACUUGUUUUUCACACAUCGUACCUAUUCGUAACUUAUUCUUUCUAGAGCCCCUGAUUCCUUUUCCCCAAACAUCCAAACGCUUUAUAUUUUGGUCGCCCCUGAAAAUUAGGUAGAUUGUUUUCAAAAAUGAAAAUGCUGACAACAUUUUUGUUUUUCAAUGAAAUCCAUCGAGAUUUCAAGGGUGUUAAGAUAGAUUUUCAAUUUUUACAAAUUCAUUCGAUCAAUAGUUUGUUUUUGCCAAAUGGGUUGUUCCUUUCACACCGACACAGAAAUACACACAUUUUCCCCCAUCUUUUUCUAUUUAUCUCGUCCCUUCUCCCCAAAACAUCUAUUUGAUUCCAUCCUUGUAUUGUCACACACAGAUGUGAAAUAAAAAAGAUUGAU